AUGGAUUCCUCCUGGCUGCAGUACGCUGACCCGACCCCAGCACGAGACCUGACGGUCGAGGCUGCCCAAAGUAUUUCCAAAGCACUCAAAGGAGGGAGUUCGUCGGCUCGGAGUAACAUGCCGUUUGUGAAGCUCAAGGCUCUUCUUGACAGUAGAAGCGACCGCGAUAUCCUUGAUGGUCUGAAAAGAGUGGUUUCUAUGAUAUACCAAAACAAACCAUGUUUGCCAUACUUUUCGUCGGUCGUCAAGAACGUCGCCAACCCCAAUCUCGAGGUCAAGAAGCUCGUGUAUAUUUAUCUGCUUCAUUAUGCCGAGUCCGAUCCAGAUCUGGCCCUGCUCUCCGUCAAUGCCAUCCAAAAGUCUCUCACAGAUCAGAAUCCUCAGGUGAGAGCCCUGGCACUGCGCACCAUGUCGGGGAUGCGAGUACCGGUCAUCAGCCAGAUCGUUUCCUUGGCCAUCAAACGGGGCGUAGGUGACAUGAGCCCCCAUGUGCGAAAAGCCGCUGCACUCGCAAUCCCAAAAUGCUACAACCUCGACCCGAACACCCUCCCUCAACUGCUCGACUACAUCUCCACGCUCUUGGGCGAUAAGCAGUACUUCGUUGUGGGACCAGCAGUUCAGGCAUUUCUAGAAGUAUGUCCUGAUCGCAUCGACCUCGUCCACGUGCAUUACAGGAGCCUAGUUAAAAAACUGGUCGACAUGGACGAAUGGAGCCAGCUCGCAACGCUGAAGCUUCUCUUGUUCUACAGCCGACGCUGCUUCCCUAGGAAGACUCAAAAAGUCACCAAAGUCAACAAAAGGGGCUUUUAUGAGGAUGAGCCCCAGGAGACUAUCGAUACAGGCGAGGUGAUAGAGGUGCUGGACCCCGACCUAGAACUGUUCCUCAAAGCAUGCAGUCCCCUGUUACAAAGCCGAAGCGCGGCUGUCAUCACCUCGGUCACCAGCUGCUUUUUGUAUCUGGGCACCCUAGACUACCUUCGCGAAGCAGUUGGCCCGUUGAUCGGACUGAUGCGGGGACCUCCUGAGGUGGAGGAAGUGGCCCUGUGCAACAUUGUGUUGGUUGCCUUGUCUGCGCCGGACCUUUUCGUCCCCUACGCGUCGCAUUUUCUCAUCCGGGCACAAGAUUCUCCACCGAUAUGGCGAUUGAAGAUCGAGCUUCAAACCCUCAUUUUCGCCCAUGCGGCACUCCAUCUCAAGUCCAUCAUUCUGAGUGAGCUGGAGCACUUUUCUCAUUCGGCCGACGUGGAGCUCACACGCGAAUCGGUCCGUGCCAUCGGGCGAUGCGCACAGUCCGAUCCUAAGGACGCUCAUCGGUGCUUCCAGGUUCUCCUAAAUCAGAUAUCCAGCUUCGACAAUAUUCUGGUGUCGGAAGUGCUCACCGUCAUGCGUCACUUGAUCCAACAGGACCCUGCGUCGCAUCGGAAGACGGUGGUGCGGUUAGCCCGCAACUUGGACAAGACGACGAGCCCCGAGGCUCGAGCUACCAUCAUAUGGCUGGUGGGAGAAUUUGCGAGCCUGGAUCCCGACAACAACAUCGCCCCGGAUGUUCUUCGGAUAUUGGCCAAAGGGUUUGCGGACGAGAGCGAAUCUGCCAAACAACAGAUUGUUUUACUGGCUGCCAAAGUCUACCUGCUAUUCUUGCAGAGGGGGGUUGAUGGUGCUCGCGGAGACAAGAAUGACCCUGGGGAACCUCAAGGCGAUAAUGCUUCAGGUGUAUCGCACGUCUCAGUCGACUUGGACCAUCCAAUUGCCAAGCUAUGGAACUACGUCCAGCUCCUCGCCCGCUACGACACGUCGUACGAUCUCCGCGACCGAGCGCGACUUUUCAAAGCCUUGCUGGCAAACCCUUCGUCGACCCAGCUGGCCGCUCUCCUCCUUCUUGCACCCAAGCCAGUGCCCCACUCCCCUUCCCCCUCGGAGAAUCGAAAAGGCCUGAUGCUAGGCAGUACCACCCUGGUCCUGGGCACGGACGUGGCGGGCGUUCUGGGUCUUCCCGGUUAUGAGGCACUGCCUGACUGGGUCAGUGAGGGCCUUGAACCCAACCCGAAACUCCGAAACGCAGCCGACGGUGGUGAGAAGGAAGAAUACGUGCCCCGGGAGGGGAGGACGGCGAGCUCAGUCGCCGCCAGUCGGAGGCUGGACGAAGCCGUCAAGGAGCGUGGACUGGAGAAGGUGGUUGCGGCGGGGACGUCCAAGGCCAACGCGAAGCCCCGAACUCUCGACGACUGGCUAGCAGAGAGUGAGGGAGAGGAUUCAGAAGAGGAGACGGAGGAAGAGACGGAGAGUGAAGAGACUGACGAAGAAGAGUCGGAGGAGGAGGAGAGCGAGGACGAGAUGAGAGGAAUGACGCGGGGUCUGAUGGCUUCGAAUCCGUCGUGA